UUUUCUAACAGUUGCCUUCUUGAUUGUCAAUGUCAUUUGUUGUGACAAUGACAAUUAAUCACGUGUAUUUUUCGUGUUGACUCCACAAAAAUAAUAAAUACCAUAAAAACAAUUACUAAAUACCUGCUAAUUAACGAUAAUGUCUAGUAAUUCAUUAGGCCAAGGUGCGAACAUGCCUACAAUUGGAACUAUAAAUCAGGGUGCCAUUCAGUACGUGAACAAUCCGUUGCAAAGCCCACAACUGCAGUCUGCGUCUCUUCAAGGGUCUCCUUCUCAGCACAGCCCGAUGGGAACUCAGGCUCAAGUUGGUUCUAAGAUCGGCCAGAGUGGAGGAGGCGAUCAAACUACUCAGUUGCUCAGUAGACCGCGUCUGCAAGAAUUAGUUCGCGAAGUGGACCCAACAGUGCAGCUCGAUGAAGAAGUUGAAGAGAUGCUGCUACAGUUGGCCGAUGACUUCAUCGACACCACACUGAAUGCAGCUUGUGCGAUGGCUAAACAUAGGCAUGCUCCGUCUGUUGAGCUGAAAGACGUACAGUUACAUUUAGAGAGACAGUGGAACAUGUGGAUACCAGGCUUCGGUAACGAUGAGCUGCGACCGUACAAGAGAGCAGCUGUCACAGAGGCACACAAACAGCGGAUGGCCCUUAUUAGAAAAACGAUCAAGAAAUAUUAAGUUCAGUAAUUCACGUCCAAUAAUCUUAUGAUUUAGGUUUUUUUAAGUGAACUCAUAAUCUUAACGACUAUUUGGUGAAGCUUUGGAACUUUUUUGUCCAUGUGAAAAAAGUAAGUAGUACAAGUUUAUUAUUUUAUGUAUUAUGUCUAAUAAUGUUUAUUAAAAUGUAGGUAUCAGGUCUAAAAAUAUUUUCUAUUUGUUCCACUGCCCUAACUUGUGAUAAUAAUAAGAUAGAAUAAGUAAAAACUUCAAUUUUUGUAAUAAGAAAAAAGAUAUUGUAAUAAACAAAUCCAAAAAAUUAAGCUAAUUACUAAUAUCUUCAGUAAUGAUUA